AUGGACGGGCUGUUCAAACUUCUAUGGCCUAUGAGCCAUCAUGCUGGCCCAUCUAUUGAUAUUCCCACGUAUCAGCAAGGGUGUGGUGAGGACCAAAUAGACCUUCAAAUCAAGUCGCUAUUGUAUAUGUUUCGAAGAUGUGGAAUAGCCAAAUCCGAACAGUUCAGGCAAGGAGACGAGUUGAAUGGUGUCACAAUUCGACGCCAUAAAUUGUCUGACAAGAGAUCAGUGGCAGAUUUGAGGGUUUUAGGUGAAACACCUGAUAACGCUCUCAACAAAUACAGCCCAGACGGGUUGCAAGGCAUGUCAGCCAUGGAUAAACAAAAGCUGGACGUCAUGUAUAGUAAAUCACAGUUUGAGAGAGUAUUAUCGAAUGACGAACAUCGCGUCCUUAUUGACUGGACCAAAAACAAGUUCAGAUCUUUAUGCAUUUUAAGUGGACGACCCAAAGAGAUCGAGAUUCCAUCAUUUGAGUGUCCCAACUAUCAUUUCAUUAUUUUACCAGCCGAUGCUAGCGAAGAAGAAUAUAUUCGAAAGCUAUCAACUUCAGACUUAUAUAUUGAGCAUUCGUUUUCUCUUGCACAACGCCAGAAAAUCAUCAAGGAGAUCCUAUUCUCUGUCAGAGCCAAGAAAGGGCGUACCACGGCAAGCCCGGACAACGCCAGUCAAGGCAAUAACACGAGGUUUAGCAAAGAUGAAAGAGCAUUUAUUAUCCACAAAUACUUGAGUGUACUUGCAACUGAAAUACAAGUAGAGAGGCUUUAUCGAGCCACACUUCGAGCUAAGCAGCAGCAACAGCACCAACAGUAUCAAGAGCAGUUACAACAACAAAUGAAUCAGAGUGAUCUUAGUGAAGGAAGUACUUCUCCUCCAACGGCAAGUGUUUUUGGUUCUCCAGGACGUAUGCCUCGUGCUGGGUUUGUACCAUCGUCUGCAGACCGCAGUCGAAGUCGAAGUCCCGAACGCCUUAGUAAUGGAAGCUCUGGAAAUACUGGUAAUCGUUCGCCAAGUCGGAGUCCUGAGCGCUUGAGCAAUGGGACUGCUUCAGCUAAUCGAAUAUACAUCCAUGGUCAGAAUCCUGCUUCCCAUUCUGCUGUGCACUCACCCAAACCAGCUCCUAAAUUAAGUUCAUAUCCCUCAUUACCAUCUCUUAGCUCGACCAAUACAAGGCCGUAUACAGGACAAUCAUUAUCCCGUUCUCCUAGUCCUGGUAAAUUCUCACUUGCAAGCUCACCACCAAGAGCCACUGGUGGUCCUGUAUCUAUGAACGCACCCACAUCACCUAGUGCACAGCGACUCCGGUCGAAAGCUUCCAACUUGAAUCUCAGAAAGACUGCUCCGGACCUUGCUCCAUCCGCAGUGGCAAAAAUUGGAGACAAUAUCCCACCGGCCAUUCAGCGUGAAACAAUGGAGCAAGCUCGAUUUGCCGUAAGAAGUCGUAUUGAGAAGGAGAAGUCUCUCCUUUCCACAUAA